AUGCGCCACCUAGGCCGAGUCUACGAAGCUGACGGACGACCCGGCUCCAACCUUGCGAACAUGAGAAAGCGCUACAAUGGGCCAGUCCUCCUUAGGGACUUACUCGGGUUGGAUGAUGAUGUUGAAAAUGAUCAGAUCGUUCCUGCCCCAGCGAGACCGUCGAUGCCCGGGCAAGGUCCGAUUCCCAUCUUGACUACACCAGAGAACCUCGAGAUGUCUUCCACCGUCUAG